AAUUUUAACAAUAUGACUGAAACAGAAGAAAAAGAAAUCAUGCUUGAAGAUUUAUUCUCUAAAUGUGACCGGGAUCACGAUGGAUUAAUCAGUCUUGAAGAAUGCCAACAUUUAUGCGAAAUGCUAGAUGUCAAUCAGCAAUGGCCUCAAUUGGAAGAUCGUCUAUUAUUCUCGACAGCGGAUCAGCAAAUUACAUAUGAACAAUUUCAGGAUGCCUUUGUCAGCGUACUAAUGCAUAAGUACUUUCAUAAUGAUGAUCAGUCUGUUACAUGUAGUACAUGCAGUGAAUUUAGUAGCACUGAUUCAAUCUCGGCCUUGACAAGACGACAUAGUCUAUGUCCUUCUGUCUACUUGAGAGGAAGUUCUAGCAGAGUCUCAAUCAGCAGCACUCAGACGAACUUUGAAUCUGAUGACGACAAUGACUCCGAAAUUUUGAUUUACUCGGACGACAAUAUAACAAAAAUUCAAGCACAUGACGUUCUAAGAGGUGUUUGGUUACAAAUUAAAUCGGAUGAAAGUCAAUGCUUAGAGCUAAAUGAAUUUCGUGAUGUAUGCCAACGCUUCGGUAUGAAAGACAUCAAUGAGAAUUUUCGUAUACUCUUUGAAGAAUUGGAUAGCAACCAUGACGGAUUAUUAAGUUUUCAAGAAUUUCUGUCAGGAUUAGAUGCAAUCCAACUUGUCUAA